AUGGAAUUAUCAACCCUGCUCAGACUGCUGUCUGUCUUCUCUGUCUUUUACGUCCUCGGGUUGUAUGUCUAUCGCAUGUAUUUUGAUCCCCUUUCCAAGAUUCCUGGGCCAAAGCUCGCUGCCGCAAGUCUCUGGUACGAGUUCUACUACGAUGUUGUCAAGAAAGGCCGAUACACCUGGAAGAUCUGGGAGAUGCAUGAUAAAUAUGGACCCAUCGUCCGAAUCAGUCCUUAUGAAAUACACAUCAAUGAUCCCGAAAUGAUUGAUGAGAUAUAUCCAAACCAACAGAAGAGGAGUAUGAAGUAUGGCUGGAGCCAGAAGAUGUUCGGAUUGAAGACCGGAUUCUUGGCAACAGAGAGCCAUGAGCUUCACCGCAUUCGCAGAGGCAUCUUUGCCCACUAUUUGUCGAAAACCACCCUGCUCAGACUCGAACCUGGCAUCCAAUCCGUCCUGGACAAGCUAGUCUCACGGUUCGAAGGCCUUCAAGGAUCCGGCAGGAACGUCAACUUGGUUGACGUAUAUGCAUGUCUGACUGGGGAUGUUAUUGGACAGUAUGCGUUCGCGCAGACGUACGGAUUUCUUGAUGAUCCGGACUUUUCGCCACACUGGCACAAACUCAUUAUGGGCGUCUCUGAGAACGGUCAUAUCCUUAAGCAGUUCGGCUGGAUGAUGCCGCUGAUGAAGGCUAUGCCAGAAUGGCUCGUGAAAGUAGUUCAGCCCCAGAUGAUGACUCUUCUCGAAUUCCAGCGGAGAUUUCGCCAGCAAGUCAUCGAAGCUAAGGAAGGACUUGCCAGAGGCGAAAAACCCAUCGGACAAGAAACCAUUUUUUACGAUGUACUUACAAAUGAUGAAGUCCGGCCUCAGGAGAAGGAAACAGGCCACCUCCAAGACGAAGCCCAGACCAUCAUUGCUGCGGGCACCGUUACCACAGGUCACAUUCUAGGCGUCACCUCAUUUUACCUGAUCAGCAAUCCCCCAGUCCUAGAGAAGCUACAAACAGAACUCGGAAACCUCAUGUCAAAGACCGGCCCAUCACCGCAGUGGCAACAGCUCGAACAGCUUCCUUACCUGACCGCCGUCAUAACGGAAGCCCUCCGCAUCGGUUACGGCGUGUCUCAUCGCAUGCAACGCCUCUUUCCCGACACGGUGCUCCAAUGCAAUGGCUACUCAGUCCCUCCUAUGACGCCUGUAGGCAUGACAACUGUCCUCCUCCAUGACAAUCCAACCUUGUUCCCGGAUCCUCGCACCUUUAGACCCGAACGCUUUUUAGAGCAGCCGUCACUGCGCAAAUACCUUAUUCCGUUCAGUAGGGGCAGUCGCCAAUGUGCAGGGCUGAACCUGGCUUAUUGUGAGUUAUAUCUGACGCUUGCGGCAGUGUUUGCGCCUGGAAGAUUUAGGUUGGAGCUUUUUGAGACAGACAUUAGCGAUGUGGAGCUGAAGCAUGACUUUUUGAAUACGUCUCCGAGGUUGGAUUCGAAAGGGAUUAGGGUGACAAUCAACUGA